CUAUCGAUAGUAUAACCGUUUCAUAAACGGUCACACGGCAGUCUUUCAGCAUUGGUCAUCUGAGCACCGAGUGUAAAGCAACAAACAGUAUAAAGGUUUAGUUUAUAUUUUGCAUUUAACAGUUAUACAAAUACCUUCUAUUACUGGUGAUGUCACAGCUGCGCUCAAAAGUUAUCACUCUCUAUAAGCACUUACAAUACCUGGGCCGUGACUACCCCGGCCUAAAUGGGCCGCAAAAGUUUCGUAAGCAAGUUCACGAUGCGUUCAUGAAAAAUAAAGAUGAGCAAGAUCCUAAAAAGAUCGUCGCUCUGCUGGCACAGGGACGAUACCUCGCUAAGGAGGUGGAGGCGUUGUAUUCGCUGAAGAAGUAUCGUACAGUGAAGCAACGCUAUAAUGAUUAAGGCGGAAAUGCAAAAUGAAGGACUGAAAAAGAGAAUAUGAUACAUAAAAUAUGUUUUUUUUUUGUUUUUAUUGCUAAUUCGAAAACAAAACCAAAUGUAUAACCACACACACACACAGGCAUACACCUAUUGAAACCAACACACAUGCGAAACAUUAAUUGUUAUUUUCGAAUGUCUUGUCAAUGUUUAACUUUAAGUUAUUGUUGAAUAAAAGCAACAGUCAGUGAA